AUGCACCUUUGGCCUCGAGAGUUAUCGAAUCUACAAGCCGCCAUUUUCGCCUACUAUGAUUUUGAGAGCCCAAAUAUCAAUGUACCCUCCAUGUCCUUUGUUGAAGAUGUCACCAUAGGAGAAGGAGAGUCCAUCCCUCCCGACACCCAGUUUACAAAAACAUGGAGGAUACAAAACACAGGGACGGAGGCCUGGCCCCCAGGGGUUUGCCUCAAGUACGUUGGGGGCGACCAGUUUGGCCACGUCAACAUGGUGAUGGUCAGGUCCCUGGAGCCGCAGGAGAUGGCGGACGUCAGCGUGCAGAUGUGCAGCCCCAGCACGGCAGGGAUGUACCAGGGACAGUGGCGCAUGUGCACUGCCACCGGACUCUACUACGGAGAUGUCAUCUGGGUGAUCCUCAGCGUGGAGGUUGGAGGACUUCUAGGAGUAACACAGCAGCUGUCAUCCUUUGAGACAGAGUUCAACACACAACCGCAUCGCAAGGUAGAAGGAAACUUUAACCCAUUCGCCUCUCCACAGAAGAACAGGCAACCAGAUGAAAACAACCUAAAAGACCCUGGGGGUUCCGAGCUAGGCACAAUCAGCAAAAACACAUGGGGGCCUGCUCCUGACCAAAUUGAACAAGAUCAGAAUGGACUGUCACAAAACUCUGUAAAUCUCUCCCCCAGCAGUCACUCGAACAACUUGUCGGUAGUGACGUACAGUAAGGGUUUCCACGGUCCUUAUCCCUUCGGACAGUCUUAAAACA